CGCGCACACCAGUCGCGCGCCGACCGCCGCAUGGGUCACACGUCCUAUAAACUCACCCUUCAUCGAACCCGCCCCGACGUUGUGUUAACCGUAGUGGGAACGAAUACGUUGUGAUUUGUUUUGAGUGUGACGUCACAAGUGCUAGCUGUGAACGUAAACGCAUAAAAUUUUGUGUUUUGAGUGCACUAUGAGGUUGUUUACAACGUUAUGAAUGGUUUGGACCGCUGCUUCUUCGAUCAACGUGAGUCCCAACAGAAUGGGGAUGAUUGCAGCUAUAGUUAUAUAAGGUGUCUCUUGGAAGGGUCGCGUCUCCCGCCCGAUGUGCCGCCUCGCAACCCGACCAUGUCUCGGCUGAAUGGUCGCAUCACCGGUAACCCAGCGGACCUCGGCGACUUCGAGCCCUCCUGUCUCGUGCGCACACCCUCAGGCAACUUUUACGUGCCUUCAGGGGAUAUACAAAAGAAUCCGUCUAUGGACUACAAGUCUAACUCAUCGUGUAGUAGUCCAGGAAAACCAGAGAAAAGCACGUUAGAAAGGAUGGAGCGGUCAGAUAGACCUCAUCCGACCUUCGGCACCCCAGUUCCAGUCCUCCCGGUGCGGAACAACCUUCGGUCUUCGAAUUUCCCCUCCGCCGGGUCGCGGUUUCACUUUCGGAAAGGGUUGUCGUCAAGAUGCUCAUGGAAGUGUACCGCUAUUGUGUUUAUAAUACUGUUUGUUGUAUUGUUAGCCAUCGCGUCUUAUAUGACAGCGUCAUAUUUUGUAAACUGGACGUAUCAAAACCCCAAAUCUUGUACAGUAGUCGUCGGCGAGCCACCGGAAGUAUUCCCACCGCCAAAGGCAACGUCGUUAGAAUUUGCUAACAAAUCCAUGGCGCGGCCGCACCAAAGCUUACCAACCAUCGGCACAGGUAAAGAGGAACAUCAUUCCCGCCAUCGUAGAAGUGUAGAUGUUGUAGAUGGGCAUGCUUCUUCUUUACCACAAUCUGUUUCUUCCGAGGAUUCUUCUUCCACUGUAAAUAUGCAUGAUAUAACUACGCCUUUUGUCAACACUGUUAGCUUAGUGCAUGGUGUGGCAGAAGACAUCACCACUGAACGGGACGAAGAAAACAUUGAGGGCUCUAAUAAUGCUUUUGUGUCUAGCAGCUCAAGUUAUGAGUUAGUUAACACUGGUGAUCUAACAACAAAUAACCCCAGGACAUCAACAACUAAAACAACAGUAACGGGAACGAGUACUAUUACUCAAAAUAUGUCUGAAGACCCAACAGAAAUACUGGAAUUAGAAUCUACUACUAAUUCUCCGAUUUCUUCAGAUGUCUUAACAAAAGAAACAAGUUACAUUAAUAGUAAACCCAUUAAAACCAUUAAUAAUAUUCAAGAAUCGCAUAUAGACCAACCACCGGAAAUUAACGAACAUGUUGAUUCUGUAAAAAAAGGAGAAGAAAAUAUCGCUUAUGACCCUGAAGAUAUGCAGGCUGAUUCUUUUCCGUCAAUUCGUUCAUAUGGCAUAGAAAAACUUAAGUUCUUUAAAUUUCGUUCUCAAUUGGAACAGGUCAAAGAAGUAUUACAUAUAUAUUCCAAUGAUUCGUCAGAUAUAGAUAACAACUUACAAAAGUUUCACUAUGAAAGUGAAAAUAGUUCUAAAAAGAAAGGUCUGCAAACCGUUGCACCUCGUUUUAUGACGACAGUACCGGAUACUACAACUGAGACAACAGUUAAACCGACUACUGCAGAAUUAACAACCACAUCUAAUUCGGAUACAACCUUAACAAGUGAACAAGUAACAACAAAUGCCAUCCUUACCACUAGAAAUAUAUACACAACGCAUAAUGAGCAUGUUGUUUCCACAACUCCAACACUGAGUGUUACUAAUAACGAUAAAGAUACAACUACUCCGUCGACCGAGACUCCGCCGGAUGUAGCUUCUACUGUAAAUAAUGCUGAAUCAAAACUACCUGAUGUGUCUAACCCUAAACAUGUGUUGAUUAACCUGACAAUUUCUGCGGAUAAUGCCGAGAGUUCAUCUUAUAAACAGCUUUAUUCUUUUACAUUGACUGUCCCUACAGUUGGAGACACAGGUGAUAUUCCAACUGUUAAAAUCACUCCAAUGGAUGCUGAACCUACCAUUGCAUCAAAUUUUAAUAAACCUGUCACUUUAGAAGGUUCCACGAAGGUCAAAGAAGUCACUGUAGUUGAGAGUGAUGUAGGCGGAAGUUGUGAGUGUUCGUGUCCAGCUUGCAUAAGCAAUGCCACGGACGACUUUUAUGAUGAUUUAAUUGAAAAAGUAUCAACAACGGCUUCUCCUAAGUCAGAAUCAUUGCCUGGAGAUGAUCAAAUCUCAAACACAGAAAAUUCCGAUUCGUUGGAAAUAAGUACUGAAGAUUCAACAAAUUCACCAGGAUCAACUGAACCACUGACAGAUAUAACGGAUUCCACAACGGAAACUAGUACAGAUGUUUCGACAAUGUCAGAAAGUCUGUUAACCACAGAUAGCACAGAGUUUACCACUGAUUCAACAACUGAAACUGAUAUAUUUUUCACAACAAAUACGCCUUCAUGCGUUUGUCCAAAAAUUAUGCCUCCACCCAUUCUCAUUCUGGAAGGUGCGCGAACGUUCCCCGCGCAAACAUUUCCGCCAGACGGAACGACGUUUAAACAAAUUACUUUAGGUGAAAAAUUAUCGAAAGAAAUCCCUCCAUAUAGUUACUGGAAUAUGCAGUUUUAUCAAACGCAAGCAAGUUACGUGAAGUUUGACUACAUGAUUCCAAGAGGAGCUUCUAUAGGUGUAUAUGCGAGACGAAAUGCUUUACCCACACAUACUCAAUACCAUAUAUUGGAAGUUCUUAGCGGUUUUAAAGCGAGAACGACUAGGACAUCACAUCCAUCUAUCAAGAAAGAAGUAACUCACUACAUGGAACAAGGCCAUUGGUUCUUAUCAUUAUACAACGACGAUGGCGACCCACAAGAAAUCACUUUUAUUGCAAUCAUGGCUGACGAAAUGACGCAUAACUGUCCCAAUGGAUGUUCAGGAAAAGGAGAAUGCCUCAUGGGUCAUUGUCAAUGCCAAGCUGGUUUUGGUGGAGAUGAUUGCAGCAAAAGUGUUUGUCCAGUCCUCUGCAGUCAACGUGGCGAAUAUAUCAAUGGUGAAUGCCAGUGCAAUCCUGGAUGGAAAGGCAAGGAAUGCUCACUACGGCAUGAUGAAUGUGAAGUACCCGAUUGUAAUGGCCACGGUCACUGUGUGAACGGUAAAUGCUCUUGUGUCCGAGGGUAUAAAGGAAAGUUCUGCGGGGACAUUGACUGCCCCCACCCAACUUGCUCCGGCCACGGAUUUUGCAUUGAAGGAUCUUGUAUAUGCAAGAAAGGCUGGAAAGGUAUCGAUUGUGCGACCAUGGACAAAGAUGCACUGCAAUGUCUUCCAGACUGCUCUGGACACGGAACUUUCGAUGUCGACACCCAAACUUGUACGUGUCACGCUCGGUGGUCUGGUGACGAUUGCUCGAAAGAAAUAUGUGACCUGGACUGUGGUCUUCAUGGUCGAUGUGUCGGUGAGUCCUGUGUGUGCGACUCCGGUUGGACUGGCGAAUUCUGUACCUCAAAACUAUGCGACGCCCGCUGUAGUGACCACGGCCAAUGUAAAAAUGGUACUUGUCUUUGUGUGUCUGGCUGGAAUGGUCGGCAUUGCACACUUGAAGGCUGCCCGCGAGCCUGCGCGGGACAUGGCCAGUGCAAGGUCGGUAAUGAUGGCGCGUGGGCCUGUAAAUGCUUCGAUGGCUGGGAUGGCCCGGACUGCACCACACUCAAGGAACAAAUCUGUGACGACUCCAAGGACAACGAUAAAGAUGGGCUUGUCGAUUGCGAAGAUCCAGAGUGCUGUCUAAGCCCUAUCUGCAAAGGUAGUCAACUCUGCGUGUCUUCGCCGAAACCUACAGAUAUUCUCCUUAGGAAACAACCACCAGCUAUCACUGCGUCAUUCUUCGAAAGGAUGAAGUUCAUCAUUGAUGAAGGUAGUCUCCAAAAUUAUGCAAAGCAGGAGAACUUCAACGAAAGUCGGUCAGCUGUAGUACGAGGCCGUGUGGUUACGUUACUUGGAACUGGUCUGGUUGGAGUCAGAGUGUCGACUGACACGCCGUUAGAAGGCUUUACUCUGACCAGAGAAGACGGAUGGUUCGAUCUCCUCGUGAAUGGUGGAGGAGCUGUCACUUUGAACUUUGGAAGAGCACCCUUCAAACGAGCUACGAAGGUCGUCUAUGUACCUUGGAAUGAGGUUGUGAUUAUCGAUACGGUUCUGAUGACUACUAUGGAUGAGAAGAUCAACAUGGGCCCACCACAGGCUUGCCUCGCUCACGACUAUGACACCAUGAAACCCGUCGUCCUGGCCACGUGGAAACACGGCUUCCAGGGUGCCUGUCCAGACAAGAGUGCUAUCUUGGCUGAGUCACAGGUGAUCCAAGAAAGCCUCGAGAUACCUGGAACUGGUUUGCACUUGGUCUACCAUAGCUCUAGAGCCGCUGGCUAUCUUUCCACGAUCCAAUUACAACUGACUCCUGAGAAAAUCCCUUCGACUUUAGCACUCAUUCAUCUUAGAAUCACAAUUGAAGGCAUACUCUUCAAGAAGACCUUUGAGGCGGACCCAGUCAUCAAGUUCACAUACCCAUGGAACCGUCUGAAUGUUUAUAAGCAAAGGGUUUAUGGUGUGACUACCGCCUCAGUGAAAGUAGGAUACCAGUAUACGGAUUGUAAAGAUAUUAUAUGGAAUGUGCAAACGACGAAACUCAGUGGACAAGACAUGAGCAUUUCUGAUGUCGGUGGCUGGAACUUAGAUAUACAUCACAGAUACAACUUCCACGAAGGUAUUCUACAAAAGGGUGAUGGAACGAACGUGUACCUGAAGCACAAGCCACGAGUGAUUAUCACAACUAUGGGUGAUGGUCGUCAACGCGAGCUGGAAUGUGGGGACGAAUGCUACGGCGUGGCUUCCAAACAGAGACUGUUAGCUCCCGUAGCUUUAGCCGCGGCUCCCGAUGGUUCUAUCUUCGUAGGAGACUUUAAUCUCGUCCGGAAGAUCAGCCCCGACGGGACCGUACGGACAGUGGUCAAGUUAAAUGCCACUCGAGUCUCCUACCGAUACCAUAUGGCUUUAUCACCUCUGGAUGGCAACCUAUACAUCUCAGAUCCCGAAUCCCAUCAAAUCAUCCGUGUUCGUAACACAGAAGACUUCAGCGAUCCUGAACAUAACUGGGAGACUGUUGUCGGUUCUGGUGAAAGAUGUCUUCCUGGUGACGAAGCCCAUUGUGGCGACGGAGCGCUAGCCCGAGACGCAAAACUAGCAUAUCCAAAGGGUGUUGCAGUUUCCAUUGACAACAUUCUUUAUUUCGCUGAUGGUACUAACAUUCGAAUGGUCGACAGAGACGGUAUCAUCACAACGAUUAUUGGCAACCACAUGCAUCGUGCUCAUUGGAAACCUAUUCCAUGCGAGGGAACACUCAGCGUUGAAGAAGUUCACUUACGUUGGCCCACAGAGCUUGCCAUCAAUCCACUCGACAAUAGCUUGCACAUCAUAGACGACCACAUGAUUUUACAAAUGGCACCUGAUGGUAGGGUAAAAGUCAUUGCUGGAAGACCCCUACAUUGCCCUUCACCAAUGACUGGUAUAGAUGUUGAGUUGGCAACGUACGCUACCUUGGUGAUGCCUCAAAGUAUCGCUUUUGGUUCAGCCGGAGAUUUGUAUGUAGCUGAAAGUGACUCACAGAGAAUAAACCGAGUCCGCUUAAUUACUACCGAUGGAAAGAUUUCCCUGUACGCGGGCGCAGAAUCAAAAUGCAAUUGCCUAGAACGCGGUUGCGAUUGCUUUGAGGCGGACCAUUACUUGGCUUCCAAUUCUAAAUUCAACACCAUCUCUGCUGUUAUCGUAAGUCCUGACGGUAUUGUUCAUAUCGCUGAUCAAGCUAACUACAGAAUUCGGUCGGUUAUGGCAAGUAUUCCAGAUGCUAGUGGCGCCAGGGAGUACGAAAUUUAUUCUCCAGACACACAAGAGAUUUACAUCUUCAACAGAUUCGGUCAACACGUGACCAGUAAGAACAUCCUAACUGGUGAGAACAACUACGUUUUUACGUACACUGUCAACACGAGCAACGGAAAGCUUAGCACGGUGACUGACGCAGCUGGAAACAAAGUAUUCUUACUGAGAGAUUAUUCCACCUCCGUUAAUUCUAUUGAAAACACCAAAGGACAGAAGUGCAGACUAAAGAUGUCCAGGAUGAAGAUGUUGCAAGAAUUACGUACUCCGGAUAACUUCAAUGUUACCUUCGACUACUACGGGCCUAGUGGACUUCUCAAGUCUAAAUACGAUAGUACAGGCAGAAGUUACGUAUACAAAUACGAUGAGUUUGGUCGUCUUACCUCUGCCGUUACUCCAACUGGAAGAAUAAUUAAUCUCAAUUUCGAUCUGAGCAUUAAAGGUGCGACUGUACGGAUAACAGAAAACAAUAAGAAGCCUAUUUCGAUAUUAAUAAAGGGAUCAUCAGUAAACACACGCACCGGAGAGGCAGAACAAAAGACUAUAAUUUCAUCGGACAGCAGCAUUUCAUCAAGCAUGCCUUGGGGUCAUGUUAUAUCUACCGACACCGUUCCGUAUACCGUCCUAGCAGAGGUUGAUCCCAUACUAGGCGAAAGCUUCCCCAUACCAGCUAAACAGCGAACUGAAGUCGGUGGUGAUUUGGCUAAUAGGUUCGAAUGGCGAUACUUCCUCCGAAAACUAGUAAACAAAGCAAGGAGUGGAAAAUCCAUUGCUCAGGUUGGCCGCAAACUCAGAAUAAACGGUGAAAAUCUGCUUACUCUUGAAUACGACAGAGAUUCUUCAACUAUUGCAGUAUUCAUGGAUGACAAAGUGGAGCUAUUAAAUGUCACCUACGACAGAACUGCAAGACCUGUAAGAUUCGGCCCCAGCAAUGGUAUAUUUGCUGAAGUAGUCCUUGACUAUGACAGAUUUAACAGACUAACUAAAUGGAGUUGGGGUGAUCUGAACGAAACAUACGGGUUUGAUAGAGCAGGCAGACUCAACGCAAUCCGUUACGGUGAUGGCUCCUCUUUGGCAUACUCGUUUAGAGACAUGUUCACUUCUCUGCCUCUGAAGGUAACAACUCCAAGAGGCAGUGACUAUCUUUUGGAUUACGAUGAUUCAGGUGCACUACAAAAUUUGACAACUCCACGGGGUCACAUUCACACGUUUGCCCUUAUGACAUCACUUGGUUACUUCAAGUACCAAUAUUUCUCGCCGAUGAACCGCCAUCCGUACGAAAUUCUUUACAACGAUGACGGCAACAUCUUGUCUAAAAUCUUCCCCCAUCAAUCGGGAAAAAUUGUCUACGUGUAUGAUAACAGUGGCAAGUUAGAAAUGGUAUUAGCAGGUGCGUCCGCUAUCCGAUACGUAUAUCACGAAAAUACUCAUCUUGUAAAGAAUGUUGAAAUCUCAGACUCAGACUACGAGCUGCGCCAAGAUUACAAAUAUCAUGCCGGUAUUCUAAAAGACGAGAAGAUGAAAUUCAGUCCCAAGAGUAAUCUGAACAAUGCACAUUUCAAAUAUCAAUACGACGGCAACGCUCGGCUUUCCACAAUUGACGUUAAUAUUAAUAGCAAGGAAAUGCCUCAGCUCCGAAUGAAAUAUAACCAAAAUCUAGGUAUUCUUGAAGCCCUUAGCGAUUUACGAAUCUAUAGAAACACAUUUAAUAGAUCCGUCAUGCAAGACACCAGCAAACAAUACUUCACGAUUACUGAUUACGAUGAUCGCGGCAGAGUUAAAACCAUUCUCAUCAACAUCAAAGCAUUUGAUGUAUUCCGACUUGAAGUUGAAUAUGACUCAAGAAAUAGAAUUAAAUCGAAGAAGAUUAUGAUUGGUGACACAUCAUCUAACGAACGAAUCAGCUAUAAUUACGAUGGUCAUUUAAUGGAAGUUGUCGGAUCCGAAGAUGACUGGAAGUACGUCUAUGAUGAAAAUGGCAAUGUUGUCGGUGUGAUCGAACAUGGAGAGAAACGAUACCUUGGCUAUGAUAUUGGGGACAGAGUUGUACAAUACGGUGAUGUGGAAUACAGCAGCUACGAUGGUCGUGGAUUCGUCGUUAGGCGCGGUGAACAGAAAUACAAUUACAACUCUCGUGGCCAAUUCGUACACGCUUUCGAAAGGGACAAGUUCCAGAUGUGGUAUUAAAUGGAACCGAUUACACGAAACCUGCUCCCAAGAGUGUCUUACAAACGAGGAGUGUUUGGCGAAGGCGUCUUAAUAUCCAGAGUAGACGGCAAAGCGCUAAUAAGUGUAGUUGAUGGUGCAAACAACGUCGUCGAAGAUGUCAUAACAACUGUAUUCAAUAACUCGUACUUCUUGGACGUCCACUUCAAUAUCCACGACCAGGACGUAUUCUACUUCGUUAAGGACAACACAUUGAAGAUUCGGGACGACUUGGAGGAACUAAGAAGGCUGUCCGGCAAAUUCAAUGUCUCACAAGAUGAAACUAACGAUCAAGGAUUAGAGGUUCGAGUACAUGCCGUUGGCAAGGGCUCUGCUCAGGCCGUUAUCGUUCUUCGUUACGGAGUAGAUCCGAACCAAGAGCGAAUCAAACUCCUGAAGCAUGCACACAAACGCGCAGCUGUGAGGGCUUGGGAACGAGAAAAGGCUCUAGUAGCUGCCGGGUGGGAGGGCAGAGGCGCUUGGACAGAAGAAGAGAAAGAGGAACUCAUCUCACAUGGCAUCGUGGACGGCUGGGUGGCCAGGGACGUCCACUCUGUAUCGAAAUACCCUCAACUUGCCGAUGACCACGCCAAUAUCGUAUUUGUUCGAGACGGUAGAAGAAAACGGAGAAAGAGUGGAAGAUCACGACACCGCUCAUAAUUUUUAACGUGCCAUAAAUCUACGCAUUUUAUAUUCCACAUUUGACACACGCCGCUAAAGAACAGCGGACGGUUUCAAAUCUGGCAAUCCGGGAUUUAGUUCGUACUAUUUUUUUAUAGGAAUGAAGUGAUUGUGCAUGAUAUGAAAUUUUAAUGACAAAUUGAGUCUCCUGUGAUCGGUGUUACUGUAGGCGAGUAAAUAUUGAGAUUUGCUAGGACUGAGUGGGAAAUGAACGUUUUAUAUUGUAAGCUUACGGUUAGGUUAAGAUUGACUGGGAACCGAAAGAUAUUCUUGUUUGAAGAACAAAUAAUUUAUUGUGUUUGUUUUUUCGUUUACGUACUUAGGCGUUAUAAAGCUCAUACAAUAUUUUUACAUACUUUAUGCCCUUCAUCGUUUCGACUGAACUGAAUCUCGUAACAACUCACUACAGGGUACCGAGUCAUAAAUAAAAUAAACUUAAAUAAUAAAAAAUGAUAAUAAUGUACGACUAACUGAGCAUAAUACUUAUAAAAAUCAUGGAACCAAAAUACUCAACUAAAUCACAAUUUACACUUUUAUAUUAUUUCAAUGAAAUAUUUUUUUAUAUUUUUAUUUCAUAAACUAUUAUACGCAUAACCUUAGAAUUUUAUAAUUUAUCAAUGAUCAAUGUAUUCCUAUUAAGUUUUAGCCAAAUAUUUUGUUCAAUCCCUACAUUAAGGUAUUUGUAAAUAAAAAUACGUAUAUUUUAUUCUUGUAGUUGUUCCUUUUAUAUUAUAGACCUAAGGUCUUUUUACUUCGCAAUACUAUCACUAUUUAGCAAUAAUUUUGUAUUUUGUAUUCUCUAACGUGUCUGACUCUUCAAAUUAAAUGCUAUCUUUAUUUUACGCUUGUUAGAACUUGUGGCAUUACGAACGCUGAAUGGCUUUAACAUUCAAUUUGUAGAGAUCAGAUUGGUAAUAUUUUGGCGUGAACUUGAAAGUGGCGGUUCUUGAUUUUGUUCUACAAAUGUGAUAAUAUCAUGUUCGAUUUGUAAUAUAAGUAGGUGUGGUACAGAAGUUUAAGUAAAAUGUAAUAAACUUUCAAGGUCCGCCAAAAUCUAAGAUAUUACGGUGAAACAGAACAAAUCGGACUUGACAUGACCGACUUAGAAAGACUGACUAGGCUUUCACACGAAACGUCGAAGAAUUGGAAUGCUUUUAGUUUACGCUAUGAAUAUUGACAUUAAUGGAAAAUAACAAAAAAAAAAUCUUACCAACCAAAAAAAUGAAACUUAUUUUCAUUAGAAACGUGUGUUUUCAAUAAAGUAGCCAUUUUAUCCGUUCGGAGUGACAGAGUUUCUUAGUAGAAUCACUUGUAACAGCAGUAGCAAGCCAUCUUAAAUAAAAGGAAUAGACUAAAAUAAAAUAAACCUAAUUACAUAAAUAAAACAGUCAACGUUAAUACGUACUUCCUGCAUGUGUUGUGCAAUAAUCGAGCAGUAGUCUUAUCGUAACCGUUUAGGAACAAACUUCUUGCUGACUUAACAGAACGUAAUCUAGAGACUGAUUUAUUGUUUCCACUCCCUGGAUGUAGCUGCUAAACGAUUUUCGCGCCUAAUACCUUAGACACUGCGGCCAGUUUCGCAGUUCCCAUGUUAAUACUAAUGUGAUUCGUAGAUGUUUCCUUAACGAUAAGUCAGCGAGAAGCACAAAUUGUAAUUAAAAAGUAGAUAUUUUAUAGUAUAUGUCCAUAAAUGUGUCUCAUUUAAAAUGUGGUGUCUAUUCUGUGUUAGAGAUACUUUAAUGAUAGUUGACUGAGUGACCGGUGAUAGGAUGAGAAUAUUUUUUACAAAAAAAAGUAUAGAUUUGGGGGAAAAUUCAAAAUUCAAAUCUAUCGGGUUGGGUGCCGAUGACCCGCGCGUUGGUGAUAUUUUGGAAAAUGUGACUAAAAGAAGCAAUACUGUAAUGUAAUACGUCUUAUUCUUUAUUUAGUAACUUUAAGGUGUAUUUUAUUUUAAUUAAUAAUUAAUAUAAUAAUAUAUAUCUAUUGUGAAUGUAGUUAUUGAUUUCAUGGUGAUAUUUAGAGCGGUAUGUUAUCUUUUUUAUGAUGUAUAAAGAAUUCUAAUUUGUAAAUAGGUACUUAAUUGAGUAUGUAAUCUGUAAAAAUAUUGUACAUAUCUUUACGCUUGAAUUAUUUAUAAUGUAACCCGAUAAGGUUUUUAGGAUUACGAUGAAUUGUAAUAUAUCAAAAUGGAGGGGAUUUUACCGGGAGGGUCAUGUCGCGUGCUCGCGGGCUGGACGUGUUGUUGUCACAGCGUUCAGCGCACGCGCACACGACCGUCGAUGUCUGACUGUCGUGUAUACAAAGCGUUUAUCAAUCGGCGGGAAAAUCAAUCGGAGCGAGAAUACGAGUUCCAUAGAUUAAGAGCGGCCAUUGACAUCCAUAGACUUCAGCUUCUAGAUUACUUUAGAGAGCUUACAGUGUACGAUCUUCACACGAAGCAUUUACUUGUAGAACUGAUUUCCUCGUAAUGCAUUUAAUUUGUAUGUAGAUAUGGUGCAUAGACCCCAUUAAAAUACUCUGAAUGUGUAUAGAUAGUCAACAGUCAUACUCUGUUAGUCGGCGAGUGCGUGCCCAGGGACGCGAGCAUGUACGAUAAUAAUAGAAAGUAUUCUAAUGGAAUAUGUAAUAAAAAGUAUUAAAAUA